ACAAUUAGAGACUCAUAAUGUCCGACCUAACAAUUUCGAUAUUUCUCUCGGGUUGAACUGCAUAUCAAUAAAAUUGUCAAUUUACACCCUAGAUAUUCAGGAUCCAAAGUAGCAUGUAGAAUUUAUUGCUUUCACAUUCUAAGUAGUUGACAAUUGACACAGCAAGAUUUCCUUGUUUCACAAGAAUUCUCUCUCCCUCUUCUCUCAAUACUCAAUCUUUUUCCUAUCAUUAAGAUGCAUACAACAAUUGUAGCAACCCUUGUUCCAUUCUUAGUCUUCAUCAUUCUAGUACCAAUGUCUGUUUCAGAUUCCAACACCAUCCUCCAAUGUCUCUCUCUCAAUUCAGAACCUUCUCAUCCAAUCUCAGAACUCACCUAUUUCCCAAACACUUCUUCAUAUUCACCAAUCUUAAAUUCCUACAUCAGAAACCUUAGAUUCAACUCAUCCACUACACCAAAACCCAUUUUCAUUCUCACCCCAACUCAUAUCUCCCACAUCCAAGCAUCAAUCAUAUGCUGCAAAAAAUUCAAUCUUGAAAUCAGAAUCAGAAGUGGUGGUCAUGAUUAUGAUGGUCUUUCAUACGUUUCACAAUCACCAUUCAUUGUUCUUGACAUGUUUUUGCUUAGAUCAGUGAUUAUUGACUUAAAAAAUGAAACUUUGUGGGUUGAAUCAGGUGCAACAGUUGGUGAAGUGUAUUAUAAGAUUGCUGAGAAGAGUAAAGUUCAUGGUUUUCCAGCUGGUGUUUGUCCAACUGUUGGUGUUGGUGGACAUUUUAGUGGUGGUGGUUAUGGUAACAUGAUGAGAAAAUUUGGGUUAUCUGUUGAUAAUAUUUUGGAUGCUAAAAUUGUUGAUGUUGAUGGUAGAGUUCUUGAUAGGGUUUCAAUGGGGGAAGAUGUUUUUUGGGCUAUUAGAGGUGGUGGUGGAGCUAGUUUUGGUGUUAUUGUUUCUUGGAAGAUUAAGUUAGUUUCUGUGCCUGAGAUUGUAACUGUUUUUAGAGUUGAAAAAACUUUGGAACAAGGUGGUGGUGAGAUUGUUCAUCAGUGGCAAUAUGUUGCUGAUAAGGUGCAUGAUGGAUUGUUUAUUAGAGUUGUUGUUAGUCCUACGAAGCGAAAGGGGGUGAACACGGUUAAGGCGAAGUUCAAUGCUUUGUUUCUUGGUAAUGCACAUGAGUUGCUUGAUGUAAUGAAUGAGAGAUUUCCUGAAUUGGGUUUGGUUGGUGAUCAGUGUAUUGAAAUGAGUUGGAUUGAUUCGGUGUUGUUUUGGUAUAACUAUCCGGUGGGGACUUCGAGUGAUAUUUUGCUUGAAAGACAUUCAUCGACAGAGAAAUUCUUGAAGAGGAAAUCUGAUUAUGUCCAGAAGCCGAUUUCAAAAGUUGAGUUUGAUGGUAUAUGGAAGAAGAUGAUAGAACUAGGAAAGGUUACACUUACAUUUAAUCCUUAUGGUGGGAAAAUGAGUGAGAUAUCUGAGGUGGAAACACCGUUUCCGCAUAGAGCUGGUAACAUAUAUAAAAUUCAGUAUUCAGUAAAUUGGAAAGAGGAAGGUAAUGAUGUUGCAAAUCAAUAUUUAGAUCGGAUUCGAAAGCUCUAUGAUUACAUGACACCUUAUGUGUCAAAGUCACCAAGAAGUUCAUAUUUGAACUACAGAGAUGUUGAUUUAGGUGUCAAUGCAGAUAGGAAUGUUGGUUAUGAAGAAGCCAGUAUUUGGGGUGAAAAGUAUUUCAAAGGAAACUUUGAUAGGCUUGUAGAGGUAAAGACAGCAAUAGAUCCAAGCAAUUUUUUCAGAUAUGAACAAAGUAUACCAUCACUUGCAUCUAAGUCUAGUAUAAUGGCAGAAUAGAAGCAGCAGAUGUAUCAAUAUAAGAGGUAUCUAGAAGCAUUUCGAAUUCAUGAAAAACUCUUUUAGACCUAGAUUAUAGUUUGUCAUAAUAUUUGAUUGGUUAGAAAAUUAUUUACUCUCCAAUUGUAUUUUCCCUGCCUGAUAAAGGGACUUUGUUCAUUCUGUUUUAAGCUGAUAUGAAUGAUGUAUAGAAUAAGAUUAUUAUUUUUUUUUUUGUAGCUAAUGCUGCUAUUAGGCUGUAGAUUGCUGCAUUAACAAAAAUCAUAUUCCAAUGUAAUUUAUAGAAAUCCAUUUAUGCCAGCAGCCUGCAAUGUGCAUUUAUA